AUGUGGAAUCUCAUCCUCAUUCCAACUGGGAUCAACAAUGGCAAGGCUACCAGACCACGCAACAGGGUCUUCAACCUCCUAUUUGGCCGCCGCCCGGCUCUUAUCCUCUUCAACCACCUGGCGUCCUCAACCACCCUAUCCACCACCCCCCGUAGGUCCCCCACCACCCCCCGUAGGCCCCCCACCACCCCCCGUCCUCAACCACCCCCCGUAGGUCCACAACCACCUUAUCCACCACCCCCCGUAGGUCCUCAACCACCCCCCGUAGGUCCACAACCACCCUAUCCACCACCCCCCGUAGUUCCUCAACCACCCCCCGUAGGUCCUCCACCAGCCCCCGUGGGUCCUACACCACCUCAGCCACAGCCACCUCUCAAUCCCACGAUCCCUCCUCCGCAGCAACCUAAUGUUCAGAGUUGUGCUGUAGCACAGAACCUAAGAGUCCCAUGUGGAGUUCCAGGCAUCACUGCAGAUGCCUGUACUGCCAUUAGCUGCUGCUUUGAUGGCCAGCAGUGCUACUAUGGAAAAGCAGUGACAGUUCAGUGCACCAAAGACGCCCAGUUCAUUGUGGUUGUAGCUAGAGAUGCCACUUUGCCAAACAUUAACCUUGAAACCAUCUCGCUCUUGGGAGGAGGAGUAGGCUGUACAAAUGUUGACUCUAAUUUGGGCUUUGCCAUUUACCAAUUUCCCGUUACUGCCUGUGGAACCACUGUAACAGAGGAGCCUGGUAUUAUAACCUAUGUAAACAAGAUGUCUUCCUUGUAUGAAGUGGCAGCUGGGCCGUACGGAUCCAUCACCAGAGACACCACUUAUGAACUGAUCUUCCAGUGUAGGUACAUCGGCUCUGCUGUUGAAACUGUGAUUGCAGAGGUGUUGGGAUCAAAUCAGCCUCCUCUGCCAGUUGCUGCUCUGGGACCCAUUACAGUACAGCUGAGGCUGGCUAACGGUCACUGCACCACAAAGGGUUGUAAUGAAGUGGACGUGGCCUACAACUCCUUCUAUGCGGAUACAGACUAUCCCAUCACCAAAGUACUGAGGGACCCUGUGUACGUGGAGGUUCGGCUAACUCAAAAGACUGACCCUAACCUCAUCCUGACACUUGGUCGUUGUUGGACGACCACAACUCCCAUCCCUCACAGUUUGCCCCAGUGGGACAUUCUGACAAAUGGGUGUCCGUAUCAGAAUGAUCAGUACCUGAGCACGCUGGUUCCAGUCGGCCCCUCCUCUGGUGUGGACUUCCCAACUCAUUACAGGCGUUUCAUUUUCCAAAUGUUUACUUUUGUGGACCCCACAUCUCAAGCUCCACUGCAGGAAAACGUGUACAUUCACUGCAGUACAGCCGUGUGCACGGCUGGACCAGGCAACUCGUGUGAGCCAACAUGCGCCAGGAAAAGGAGACACCUCAGCAACAACGACCAGAUGAAGCCUAAGCCACAUGUUGUGGUUUCUGUUGGACCCAUGAUCAUGGCAGCCUCUAAGGAAUAAAUAGAGCAGAAUGUUGAGUUCGAGAAUUUAGCUAAUGUUUGGUCAAAUAUAUGUAACACUAACACUAUUCAGUUAUUUGUAGUAUGAAAUACAUUUAAUAAUAAUAUUAAUUAAGAAUCAGUGAUGACCCCAAGGUCGUGUUCAUACCUUUAUGAACUCUAUAAGCUAAUCUUUUCACCUUUACAGUCAACUCCGACACAAUACAUGGACUUCAGAGUGUGUAGUGAUUUGCACUAUUGUCACUAUUCUGUGAGGGUUCUCCAGCUUCCUCCAACAGUCCCUGCCAUGAAGUCAGGUCAAAUGCCCCUUGAAUGGAUAAAGUGAAUAAGAAUAUGAAUACGAGUAAUUGUGUUCAUAACUGCAUAUUUUGUGAUGUCCAGUGUUUUCCUACUCUACGGCACAAAGGUGUGGAUAUAACUGGCAUUGCAUCAUAUUAAAUGUGUUUCUAUUAGUCCGUGUUAAAUAAAAGAAGGGUAGAGUUUUGUGUUAAUUCCUCAACAGCUGCAACAGAAAGAUGUUCAUUUUAAAAUUAUAAUGAUUGCAUGUAUAGUAUAGUAGUGGUAUGUACUGGUACUAGUUUAGACUGAAGUAACUAUGUGUAUGUAGCUAAAACUACCGGUUUAAAAUCAUCAGUUAAAUAAAGCCAUCUAUUCAAACUGUA